AUAAUAUGACGAUCAACUAUCUGGGUCCUUUUGUGUUCACGACGAUGCUUCUUCCUCUUCUUGAAUCGACAGCCUCUCUCGACGGGGCCGACGCACGGAUAUACGGAUAGUUAAUGUGAACUUGCUGAAGGGCAAAUGCUGACUGACCUGCCGCUCAACGCAAAUGUUUUGCAGGUCGGAUCGGACGGUCAUAAAGAUGUCCGAUACCUGGACUAUAGCUCCAAAAAUGCGUGGAACCAUAAAUUCAGAUGGUCUCUACUUCCCACCAUGUCCCGCUAUAAAUAUUCAAAGCUCGCAGUCCAUCUAUGGACAAACGAUUUGGUACUGCGACUUUCCACAGAAAAAUCCAAAGUAAUGGUAUUGAUUGCCCAUCCCGGUGCUAUCCUGAGCGACAGCGCCAUUCGGUCAUUGAAGACUGCCGUAUCCACCUUUUUGGAUAUGGCUGUUCGGUCUGAGAAUGCAUUCUCAGACUCGUGGAGCCUAUACGUCCGUCUUUGCAGCGUGCACACCGCGAGACAACCCUGAGAUAUCGCACAGGGCUUAUAUAUUUCCUCCAAAUGUCGCAGUCGUGCAAGCGCCUGCAGCCUUAGACGAAAGCAAGCCGCGAUAACUAAAAGACUUUACAGAAGCAUUAUUACAAAGUGUCGGUGUGUAGUAAGUAGCUUGUACCUGGACCCCCAAGUGUACAUGAGCCUCUUUCUUAUAAGUACCGACAG